AGGAAAAUCAUUUCUCAAAAAGGGAAAGAUUGAGAAAAGUAAUGGGCGCUGAAGGUUACUUUUUACAAGUUUUUAUCAAUCUCAACUGAAACAGAAGAGAAUCAACUCCAAGUCAUCACCGACCUAAAAAAAGCUUACAACCAUUACACACAUCUCUCUCCAGUACACAUCUCUCUCUCUCUCUCUCUCUCCCCCUCUCUGUCUGUCUGUAGUUGUAAUUUCCCCAAAAAAGCCUCUCUCUAUCUCUCUCUUCCCCUCUCUCUCUUUAUCUCUCUCUUCCCCCUCUCUUUCUCCUUCAUGGUCACAAUCACCACAAAUUAAUGCAUUAGGGUUUUAAAGUUGUGAUCUUUUCAAGACCCAUGAAGACCAAGAGGCCCAAGUUGGACUUAUUCAACUCACUGAGUCGCCAGAGAUCGUUUCAAGUUCUUGUUUUUAUUGGGGUUUUGUAUAUGCUCUUGGUGAGUUUAGAACUGCCCUUUGUGUUCAAAACUAGGUUGAGUUCUGGGAGUCAAGAUGCCUUCAACGACGUCGUUUCAAAGCCCUUUAUUCUUCAGAGCGAAGAGGAGUUGCAAGAAAAAGAAGCCCCAAUUAGACCCUUUAAUCUGCCCAGAAAGGUAUUGAAUCAAUCUUUGUAUGGUUAUGAUUACAGGUCGUUGUCAAGAUUGAAUUUUGAUGGCAUUGUUGUAAAUACUAGUAGUAAAGAUGGGUUCUUGGGGCUUCAAAAGUCUGCAAUUGAGGCUUUUGACGUUGGGAAGAAGUUUUGGGUUGAGUUGAAUUCAGGGAAACUUGAGGUUCUUGGUAAUAAUACUGCGGUGAAUAGGACUGAAUCUUGCCCUCAUUCGAUUUCACUUUCGGGUGCUGAGUUUGUGGAAAAGGGGAAGAUUAUGGUGAUUCCUUGUGGGAUGACAUUGGGAUCACAUAUAACUCUUGUGGGGAAGCCUAAACAAGCUCAUCCGGAGCAAGACCCGAAAAUUUCUUUGUUGAAAGAAGGGCAGUAUGUGAUGGUGUCCCAGUUUAUGAUGGAGUUGCAGGGUUUGAAGACUGUUGAUGGGGAGGACCCACCAAGGAUAUUGCAUUUCAAUCCUAGGUUGAAAGGCGAUUGGAGUGGGAAGCCUGUUAUUGAGCAGAAUACUUGUUAUAGAAUGCAGUGGGGAUCAGGGCUUCGAUGUGAAGGUUGGAAAUCACGGGCUGAUGAAGAAACUGUUGAUGAUCAGUUGAAAUGUGAGAAGUGGAUUCGUGAUGAUGACAAUCACUCUGAAGAAUCGAAAACAACAUGGUGGUUAAACAGGUUAAUAGGGCGAACAAAGAAGGUGACUGUAGACUGGCCUUACCCUUUUGCAGAGGAAAAGCUAUUUGUCUUAACAUUAAGUGCAGGCUUGGAGGGCUACCAUGUCAAUGUUGAUGGAAGACAUGUGACUUCUUUUCCUUAUCGUACUGGUUUUGCACUCGAGGAUGCCACAGGACUGUCGCUUAAUGGAGACAUUGACAUCCACUCUAUAUUUGCCGCAUCCUUGCCCACAUCGCACCCUAGCUUUGCUCCUCAAAGGCUCCUUGAUAUGUCAAAUAGGUGGAAAGCUCCAGCUCUUCCAAAUGGGCCUGUUGAAAUGUUUAUCGGUAUUCUUUCAGCAGGCAAUCAUUUUGCUGAAAGGAUGGCUGUGAGGAAGUCUUGGAUGCAGCAUAAGCUUAUCAAGUCUUCGAAUGUAGUCGCUCGUUUUUUUGUAGCACUGAAUGGAAGAAAGGAAGUGAAUGUCGAGCUGAAGAAGGAAUCAGAGUUCUUCGGUGAUAUUGUCAUAGUACCCUACAUGGAUAAUUACGAUCUUGUCGUGUUGAAAACUGUUGCCAUUUGUGAAUACGGGGUCCGUACUGCAGCUGCAAAGUACAUCAUGAAGUGUGAUGAUGACACGUUUGUUCGAGUUGAUGCAAUCAUCAAAGAAGCAAAUAAAGUAGCCAGUGAUAGGAGUAUGUAUAUUGGAAAUAUCAAUUAUUAUCAUAAGCCCCUACGGUAUGGUAAAUGGGCAGUGACGUAUGAGGAAUGGCCGGAGGAAGACUAUCCACCUUAUGCAAAUGGUCCAGGAUACAUUCUUUCAUCAGACAUUGCAAACUUCAUCAUUUCCAAGUUUGAGAAGAAUAAACUUAGGUUGUUCAAGAUGGAAGAUGUUAGUAUGGGCAUGUGGGUGGAGCAGUUUAAUAGCUCAAGACCGGUGGAGUAUAUACACAGCUUGAAAUAUUGCCAAUUUGGGUGCAUCGACGACUAUUAUACAGCACACUACCAAUCUCCAAGGCAGAUGAUGUGCAUGUGGAACAAAUUGCAACAACAUGGAAAACCGUUGUGCUGUAACAUGAGAUGACACAUAGGAGCAUGGGGUACCCGAAGAAUAUAUCAAAGAACAUCUACAAGUUUUUGCUGUGCAUGAACAUAUUUUCUGGAGAUGGGGGCUAGAUAGGGGGACUGACACAACCCCGCGUGAAAAUUCUUUCAUUAAUUUUGCUUUCUAGGUCCUAUCCGUCGAUAUUCCAGAAAGAUGAAACAAUUAGCAUACCUUAUACAACUCUUAGCUCUGUAAUAUAACUUGUAAGCACAACUGAGAGAAGGGUAUUAAAUAGAGGAAGUGGUUAACAUUUUUA